AUGCGCUCCUCCCGGCACCCAGAGGCGUUCACAGGCGGCCCUCCCUUUGCCUCCUCUGGUUUCCCCGGUGACUCAAGAGUUCCUCUCGCUUCUACUUCUGCCGUGGGGAGUAAUGGUGGCGGCGCUGGUGCUGCUGGUGUGUCUGCUGGUGGUGCUGCUGCUGCUGCUACUGGUGGUCGUGCAGGUCCAAGGUGGAUGGCACAAGGCCAAGUCGUGGCAUCAUCACCAUCACCAUCGCCAUCAUCGUCGUUGUUUGAGCGCCAGGGAAACGAGUACCGCUGUCUGCUCUGCCCGUCCUCUUCCUCUGCCUCCACCACCACCAUGCACCUCUCCCUCCUCCCACACCGCCCGCUCUUCCUGGACAUUAUUCGUCUGAGGGAUCACAUGCUGCUCAGCCAUGGGGUCGACCCGCUCCCCGCCCACAUGCCAUUAGCCCUGCUUUGA